UCGGCGUUCGUUAUCAAUUUACUAUCCAAGCGAUUAGCACAGCGCAUGUUUUCAGUGAUCGGAGAGCCUUUGCUCAGUGCUGUCCUACCUCUCAAUCUCCAGUAUGGAUAUUGAGUUCAGUAUCAACGGUGUGAUCUACAAAAUUAAUCCUCAAACUGUGCCAAUCGAGACGAAUCUGAUCACAUUCAUUCGCGAUCAUGCUCAGCUCAAAGGAACCAAAUUUAUGUGCCUCGAGGGUGGUUGUGGAGCUUGUGUCGUAAAUCUCACAGAAGUGAAUCCGGUGACAAAUGAAAUCAUCACAAAAUCAGUGAACUCGUGUCUGCUUCCGGUGUAUGCUUGCCAUGGUCGAGAUAUUCUGACAGUAGAAGGAAUCGGUUGUAAAAAGUCGGGAUAUCACCCUGUCCAAAAACGUCUGGCAGCUUUCAAUGGAUCUCAAUGUGGGUUCUGUUCCACAGGUAUGGUAAUGUCCAUGUAUAGUAUGCUAGAGACCAACAAAGGUUCAGUUACCAUGCAAGAGGUGGAAAAUGCUCUCGACGGAAACAUUUGCCGAUGCACCGGUUAUCGUCCGAUAUUGGACGCAUUUAAAUCGUUCGCCACAGACGUCGGUGAAAAUGUGAAACGUUUGUGUACGGACAUUGAGGAGCUCAGCGUCGAUAAUUGCCUGGGAAAGGCUUGUAACACCGUAUGCUCCAAUGCAUCCAAAGUAAACAUGGAUCCAAAACAGAUUCUUCACAUACCGUGCAAGAGCAACAAAGUUUGGUACAAGGUUUCGACAAUAAAUCAAAUAUUUGAAAUAUUCAAAGCGAUUGGAUCACGCCCUUACAUGCUUUUGGCUGGAAAUUCCGCUCAUGGAGUCUACAGACGGAAUGAACAUUUGGAAGUUUUCAUCGAUGUCAAUUCGGUCGAUGAACUCCAUCGACGAUCGAUUGGACCGGAGCUGGUCGUUGGAGGCAACGUGACAAUACAUGACUGUAUGACUUUUUUGGAAAAUGUCUCGAGAGAAAGUAUAAAUUUUCAAUACGUGAAAAAUUUCACUGAACAUUUGAGACUUGUAGCAAAUCAACCAGUCAGAAACAUAGGAACUCUUGCAGGAAAUUUAAUGAUCAAGUACCAGCAUCCGGAAUUCCCAUCUGAUGUUUUUCUGCUCCUAGAGACUGUUAGAGCCAAGUUGGAAAUAGCAUCGGAAAAUGGCUACGAGACAGUUUCUCCCCAACAUUUCCUCAAAAUGGAUAUGAACAAGAAGAUACUGAUCAAAAUCGUUCUUCCAACGUUUCAACCUCAAAACACUUACUUCAAGACUUACAAAACAAUGCCAGUCGCGCAAAAUUCUCAAUCAUACGUAAAUGCUGGAUUCCUCCUGGAAUUUUCCAGAUCAACUACCAUCUUGGAGUCAGCGACCAUUUGCUUCGGCGGAAUCAAUUCUAUUUUCACCCAUGCAUCCAAAACAGAAAGUUUUCUCAUAGGCAAAUCGCCUUUUUCUAACGAAGUACUACACGAAGCCUUAAAAAUACUCCAGUCUGAACUACAUCCGGACAACGCGCUUCAAGAUGCUUCUCCUGUAUACCGUAAAAACUUGGCCGCAUCUCUUUUGUAUAAGUUUCUGCUGAACAUUGUUCCGAAAGAAGAAGUAACAUUAAAUCUAAAGUAUCAAUCAGGAGGGUACCCUUUGGAUCGAGCACUUUCUAGUGGCAAGCUGGGUUACGAUACUUACCCUACGAAAUGGCCUCUGACUCAGAACAUUGCAAAGAUAGAGGGAUUGCUGCAGACUUCUGGUGAGGCGGAAUACAUCAACGAUAUGCCAAAGAGACCCAACGAGUUGUAUGCUGCUUUUGUACUGGCCACUCAGAUACGCAGUCGAAUUACAAUGAUCGAUGCAUCUGAAGCUUUGAAAACCGAAGGAGUAGUAGCGUUCUAUUCUGCAAAAAACAUACCCGGUAUCAACAACUUCAUGCCCAUUGAUCUCGGAACAUCGAACGUUGAAGAAAUAUUUUGUAGCGGAGAGGUUGCAUACUAUGGGCAACCUGUUGGAGUCAUUGUUGCGGAAUCCUUUGAAAUCGCAAACCAAGCUACAAAGUUAGUCAAAAUCUGUUACGAACGUACAUCAUUGGAGUACGUUUACACCAACGCGAAGGAUAUUGUUAAAGAUGGUAUCUCAGAUCGUCUCACCAACCAAGGAUUUGAUCGAUACGGAUCACAGUUCAGCUCAGCUCCCGAGGGACCCAUCAAAGUUCAAGGGCAUCUCGAUCUACGAGGUCAGUACCACUACACUUUGGAGACGCAGACUUGUUUCUGUGUCCCAAAUGAGGAUGGCAUGGAAGUUUUCAGUGCGACGCAAAAUCCGAACAUCGUGCAUGCAGCUCUACACCAAGCCCUGAAUGUGCCACAAAAUAGUCUUCACCUAAUGGUAAAACGUCUUGGUGGGGCUUAUGGAGCAAAAUCUUCUCGGUCGUCUAUGGUGGCUUGUGCUUGUGCCAUCGCAUCCCACCUGACCAGGAGACCUGUUCGAAUGGUUCUUCCCAUGGAGACCAAUAUGUCUGCGAUCGGAAAGCGAACUGGUUCCUACAGCGAGUAUGAAAUCGAUGUGAAUAAGUCCGGAAAGAUCAAUAAAUUGAACCACAAGUUUACACACGAUGGAGGCUUUGUGUACAACGAGCUGUUAGCGUAUCUUACAACUGAUAUGUUUAAGAGCGCCUACGCAACAGACCGUUGGAAUUUGGUCGGGGACAUUGCACGCACGGAUGUGGCAGCAAAUACAUGGUGCCGUUGUCCUGGAUCAUCCGAGGGUAUUGCAAUGAUCGAAAACAUUAUGGAACACAUUGCUCAUGUAACAGGAACGGACCCUUUUGAAGUGCGGCUUCGCAACAUGGUAAAAGAUUCAAAACUACGACAAAUGCUUUCCAGCUUUCGUAAGGAUGUGGAUUUCGACGAACGGAGAAAACAAGUGGACAAGUUCAACAUUCAAAACCGGUGGCAAAAACGAGGAAUAGGUAUCAUUUGCAUGGAGUAUCCGAUGCAGUACUCCGGCAGCAUGAAUGCACUGGUAUCGAUCUUCCACACCGAUGGAACGGUUGGUAUUACACAUUCUGGUAUUGAGAUGGGUCAAGGUAUCAACACAAAAGUGAUACAAGUGGCUGCGAAGACUUUGGGAUUGUCGAUCGAUAUGAUUUCUGUGAAACCAAUGUCUAGUGUGUCUUCUCCCAACUGUACGGCAACUGUCCAUAGUCGAGGCAGCGAAACGGUUGCUUUUGCCGUUCAACGAUGUUGCGAAAUGUUGAUGGAACGCUUGCGGCCAUACCGUGAACAAAAUCCUCAGGGUUCGUGGCAAGACGUCUUAAACCAAGCCUUUUUGGCAAACGUCGAUCUAACGGCUCUCUAUGGAUAUGCUCCGUUCGAUCUUGAAGGCUAUGUCAUAUAUGCUACGGCCUGUGCCGAAGUUGAAGUAGAUAUCCUGACAGGAAAUUUGCAAGUCUCAAGAGUUGAUAUUCUCCAAGAUGUCGGAAAAAGUAUGAGUCCCGGAAUCGAUAUCGGUCAGGUUGAAGGUUCAUUCAUCAUGGGACUUGGCUAUUAUCUGAUCGAAGCGUUGAUUUACGACCCGUCAAAUGGUGCCUUGGUGAACAAUCGUUCCUGGAACUAUAAGGUACCGGGAGCGAAGGAUAUCCCGGUUGAUUUUAGGGUUAAAUUUUUGAAGAACAGCUCAAAUAAGGCCGGUGUUUUGGGUUCUAAAGCCACGGGUGAGCCAUCGUUCUGUAUGAGUCCUGUUUUAACUUAUGCCCUCCGAUAUGCGCUGAGAUCAGCUAGAAAGGAUGCUGGGCUACCUGAUGAUUGGAUUUCAAUUGGCACUGGAACAACUCCCGAAAAAAUAUUUUUGAUGGCUGGGAACAGUUUAGAUGACUAUAAGUUCAAUUGAUCUCCUAAUUUUAAGGUUAAAUGGACAGGUAUUUUAAUACUUCAAAAUCCUUUUCAAAUAGUUGCGACUAUCGCAGACUGUUCCUGGGUAAAAUAAAACCUAACAAAAAUUCACGGGAUGAAUAAGCAAACAAGUUUAAAAUACCCGACAAAAAAAAACAAAAAUCGUAAACCAGUUUUAGUUCUAUGAAGUUACUAGGUAAUAACAUAAACAAUAACAACUCAGUUUCAACAAUAAAGCCAUGAGACUAUAAGACAUUUUUUAUUGUAUUUGAACAUUAAUAAUUUGUUGAUUGGAUGUUUCAACAGAACAGUUAGAAAUAAACUCAAAC